AUGCUUGUCACACAUUAUGCCAAUGCGGCCGAUUCUUUUAGCAAGUCGGAAGACCCGAUCUUCCCUUGCAAACAUAGUGGUCACCUCAAUAGAUUCAAAUCUCAUGGGUCAUUGCGAUGGGGACUUUUUGAGCAGUGGGGUGGCCCCGACACUUGCGCACGAUCUGUCUCAAGGCUCCGACAUGUGUCUUUACGGAAUACAAGCUCCUCAUACAUUCCGCUUAUGACCCCUCAGUCAAAGCGGAACUUUUCCAAUACCACUCGCAAAGAAGGCAUAUGGGAUGACGACGAUGAAGUCCCAGAGCCAAAACCCGUGCAACGAAUUCCAGGCCGACCGGCUUUUGUGCGCCCUGCCCAACAUCGAGACUUGGGCAGCUUGAUUCGAUCGAGAGUGGAUGGGAAAAAUCGAGUCUCUCAACGUCUGCGCAUUGAGAAGAAGUUCAAUUCGCUACCUUCAUAUCAGGAACUUGUUGAGAGUUUUAUCCAAUUGAAGUACAAACAUGUUGAUGACCUUCUCGAUGAAUCCAUCAAGGCCAGCCUAGCCUAUGAAGCCGAAUAUGGAGCUAUCUCGUCAAUACUUCAAAAGCAAAUCAAUGAUGUGGUAUCCCGGAUAACAAAACAGGUUCUCCAUGCCGUAAAGACCACUCAAGAAUAUGUGACUGAAUGGGAAAUCAUGUCAAGCUUCAUCAGCACGCGAUUUGUAACUAUGGUCUCAGACACCACGCGUUCAGUUCUACAAGCAGAGAAGAUCACUCAGAAGUAUGUCGCUGAAGUGACAGCUUUGUCAUCUUCCAUACUGGGAUUGGACCGAAUACAGGCUGCUGUCACAAAAGCAGAGAAUACCGGUCGAAUGAUUGAUCAUGAUUUCUGCUGCAUUGUUUUCGGUAGAACUCCGGAAUGGAAAAGAAAGCUGGGAAUAUCCUCCCAGACGAUCCAUGGUUGGCAGGAGUGUCUUCGUACGACUCAAAGAACACUCAUACCACAUCUACUCAACAUUUCUGAGCUGUCCAUCUGUCAGUUGAGAGACACCGUCAACAAUGAUUACCUACAACCCCGGGAUACCGCAAGAAGUCGAAUUGAUCGAGUUCUAUAUCGAAGCGAACUUAUUAGGACGAACUACAAUGAGUUGCGACUGAAAAGCAUGAACGCACGAGCUUUCCCCAUCAGGAACCUUUGCUUGGAGCUUCUACGUAACUCAAACCUUCGCCCAAGUGAUAGAUGGGUGUUUGGCCAAUACGGAGAGAUCCUUUGGCAUAAUGAUCGCGAGAUUAGUAGAUGUGCGCAUCGUCACCGUGCAUUCUGGCUCAGAAGGCAGAUGGCGCUGCAUCCACUUCGACAAAGUGAACUAUGGAUGUUGAAGGAUUUCAUGGGGGCAGCUGUGAACGCACGUUCUCCUCAAGCUACUGGCAGGCGGGUCUUACUUGCGAUUGCACUGGGUGCCCCCAAGGCGUCAGCAGCGGGCCAGUACUUACACAAGAACCCACUCGUGAUAUCCAACAAGAUCUAUCUCGAAUACAAGCGUCUUUGGAUGCCAAAACCAGCACGCAGCCCUGAACUGCAUAUCUACUGGCGACAGUUGGAUGUAAUGGCGCCACUACGGAUGAUGGAUUUUCUUAUGUGGAGACUUCAAAAUGAAAUUUGGUACCUUCACCACAGCCUCAAAGGUGAUGUCGGGGCAUUGUGGGCUUGGGUCCCUGAGCAGACUCUGUCGCACACUGCCUUAAAAAUAGCCGACUGGGCCUUAGAAUUUCAGAAACAUCGCAGCGAUCUUCGACAAAUGAUCUCUGAAUACAACCAUAUAAACUGGCUUCGUCUUCGAUCGGAAACCUUGCUCCACUCAACGAGACAACCUGUCUAUCUUGCUGGAAAGUUUGAAGUCCUCAAUCCACUGAGCCAGAAUAUCCGUGGCUUCAAGCAAUGGGCCGAUCGCAUGGGCCAGAUUGCUUCUGACGCCCAUAUUAUCUCAAUCGCCAAUGAGCAGACACGAGCGGAUUGGGAGUCCAUCCACAGUGAGAUUGAGGGCAAAAGGGGGCGGGUUGCUUCCGUGAUAUCCCACAUCCUAGAACUGGGUUCUUCGGCGAAGAAGGCUAGGCGUAGGCGGGGACGAGGGGAAUCCGAAUCUCACAAUGCCAAGGCUGCUUUCAUCAGGUCGUCUCAACGCCGUCUUUCAAGAUAUACCAAAGGGCAAUUGUCGGGCCAUUCCGAGUCUCCGCUUGCUAAUCGGGGCAAUCAGGAGCCUGCUCAAGUUAUGGUAUCCACGAAUAGUUCCUUGCGAAGAAGCAGCCAGAGACUGAAGAGAGCUAAACGACACCAUGCAGCCGAGUUAGCCGCUAACCAAGAUGGUCAAGUGGAGAGCCCCCUCGGGCACAAACUAUCUCCCGAUCCUCCAACAAUAAAAGCUGAGGACCACAAAAUAGAGGGCAGGCCUGUGUCCAAACCAAUCCCAGUCGAUGCGCCUACCGGUCAGAAAUAUCAGGAGGACAGUCAGGUCACCCGAAAGCCAUCGCCCAGACUCUGGAAGAGCAAAUCUGGGAACCUUGACGCCCCUGAGUUCAACCCGUUCCUAGUCAAUGCGCAUGCUAGCCAGACGAAUCAAGAAGAGAAACAGGUUCUUCACAAGCCACCGCCCAUGCCCUCAAAGAGCAAAGAUGUGAGGCUCAGCCCGGGGCCACAUCUUGAUGACCCCCGUCCGCCAAUUCCAAGAGGAACCAGCAAUACAUUCCCAGGCACAAGGACACGCAGCGGACUACAACCGGCAACUAUGCUUCCGAGGAAACCAUUCGCUAAACCAGAACCAACCAAUAGGAGAAAGUACAGCACAAAUGCGAUUUUCCACCAAACCCAACAGCAAAGCAGUGGUGUCCGGGAUGAUUCCCUGUCUGAACGGCCACUUGGGACUCAUACGUCCUCGGUCCCAGGUACCCCGAGCGGACAUGGGCCUGGAUAUGUUGAAGAAGAUGACUCCAGGGGUGAACCAAACCCAUCUUCAGACAUUGGUUCCGGUGCAAACAGUCUGACAACACCCCGGUUCUGGAGCCAUAGCUCACAGCAAAGCCCCGAUGGCCGGAAACUCAUUGUGCAUUAUUGCCGGUCCCUCCAAAGUACCGAAGAAGCUGUGCAACACUUCCUCGGGAGCAAAGUCAUUGGAUUUGACAUGGAAUGGAAGGCUCAAGCAUCCAGCUUGGACAGCAUUCAGAGCAAUGUCUCGGUGAUCCAAAUCGCAAACGAGGAGCGUAUCGCGCUCUUCCAGAUUGCGCUUUUCAAGCCCGCGCGUUCUCUGGAGGACUUAGUUUCCCCAUCAUUGAAACGCCUCGUUGAGUCUCCCGAUGUCAUGAAAGUGGGUGUUUCCAUCAAGGCAGACUGCACGCGGCUGCGCAAGUAUCUCGGCGUCGAUGCCAAAGCCACCUUCGAGCUCAGCCAUUUGUACAAGUUGGUCAAAUACGGCAAAGACAAUCCCAACUUGGUGAACAAGAGGGGUGUUAACCUCAGCGAGCAAAUAAACGAGCAUUUCGGUCUUCCCCUCGAGAAAAGCGAUGACGUCCGCUGCGGUGAUUGGACUCGGGCUUUGAGUUAUCGUCAGGUUCAAUAUGCUGCUACUGACCCGUAUGCUUGCGUUCGUCUGUUCUAUGCCAUGGAGGCCAAAAGACAAGCCAUGGACCCCAUGCCGCCUCGUCCCGCGUACGCUGAACUCAACCAGCCCAUUGUUCUUCCACUAGGACAAGCGGUCAAUAGCGAUGAGGAUCCAUUGAUCUGA